GAGGUAUAUGGCAAGAGGCUCGUGCAUGGAAAUGAAAAUAAAAGAGAGAAAAAAAAAUCAAAAAUUAAAAAGAGAAAAUUCCUUUUUCCAUCCACAAUCCCAAUCUUGAAUACUCCUUUCACUUUUUUCUUUUUCUGGAAGAUGUCAACCGUAUAUUUGAAUCCAUCUCUCAUCGUUGUUACCUGCUACGCCUACGACGAUCCAUUCUUCGCAUUUCUUGUUUUUGGAAUCGAUUCAACUUUACCAAAUACUAUUAUUCUUGUUACUGAAAUGGAAUCACUUCCAUCCAAAACCAAAAACCCCUUCAUCAUAGUAAUCAUUCUAUACCUAUAACAUUGGUGAUGUGGUUCUGAUUCUGGUUGUAAAAUCUCAAAGUUCAAUAUCAGAAUGAUUCCAGUUGAUAAUGGUAUUAUUACAAGUCCCCGAAAUGAAAUUGAAGAAUCUAAUGGGAGUCAAGUGAAGGAGUUUGCUUCUCUACAUAUUUCAACCCCUAAUGAGAAAGACCUUAUUUCACAGCCUGUACCUUCUCCUCAUUCCAACAAUGGACUAAAAUCGCGUCUCCGUACGAUGUUUUCUAAGAAAGUUGAUUGGAAUUCAGUCAAGAAAAUGUGCGUGGAAUGGAUCAAAAACCCGAUGAACAUGGCACUUUUCGCGUGGAUAGCUUGCGUCGCUGUUUCGGGUGCGAUUCUGUUCUUAGUCAUGACAGGAAUGUUGAAUAAUGUGCUAAAAACUAAGUCGGAGAGGAAUACAUGGUUUGAGAUAAAUAAUCAGAUACUAAAUGCACUAUUUACGCUUAUGUGUUUGUAUCAACAUCCAAAGAGGUUCCACCAGCUUGUUCUUUUGUGUAGAUGGAGAACAGAUGACAUAUCUAGACUUAGAAUGAUUUACUGCAAAAAUGGUACUGGUAAGCCACAUGAAUGGAGACAUAUGAUGGUAGUGGUUAUUCUUCUGCACGUUAAUUGUUUCGCUCAAUAUGCACUUUGUUGUCUAAAUUUAGGAUACACAAGGUCUCAGCGACCUGCAGUUGGAGUUGGAAUUACUAUAUCGGUUGCAAUUGUGACACCGGCCAUAGCUGGAUUGUACAUUAUUCUUGGUCCGCUUGGGAAGGACUAUGAUUGUGAGGUGGAUGAAGAAUCACAAGAGAAAAUUACGAAACCGUUUGAGAAAAAGUAUGCAUUUGCAUGUAAAGAUCGACGGGGAGAAGUUAUAGAAUUAGAAAAUAGACCGAAUUGGAGUGGAGGAAUAUUUGAAAUAUGGCAUGAUAUAUCUGUAUCAUUUCUCUCACUUUUCUGCAGUUUCUGUGAGUUUGGUUGGAACAUGGAGAGACUUGGAUUUGGGAACAUGUAUGUGCAUAUAGCUACUUUUAUGCUGUUAUGUAUGGCUCCUUUUUGGGUAUUUGUAUUGGCUUCUGGUAACAUUGAUGAUGAUAAUGUUAGAAUAGCUUUAAUAGCUGUUGGAAUCAUCCUUUGUUUUUGUGGUUUACUCUAUGGUGGCUUUUGGAGGAUACAAAUGCGAAAGAGGUUCAAUUUGCCUGCAUAUGAUUUCUGUUUUGGAAAACCAUCGGUUUCUGAUUGUACGCUUUGGUUAUGCUGUUGUUGGUGUUCUCUUGCUCAAGAAGUUAGGACUGGGAAUAGUUAUGAUAUCUUGGAAGGUAAGUUAUGUUUGAAAUCAAUUGAUACUUGCGAUCAAGUUUCAAUUUCAAAUUUGGAUAGAGAAGAUGUAGUAGUAUCAACCAAAUCUGGCACAAGUUUUACUCUUGAAAGAGGUAAAGAAGGAACAAUGACUCCACCAACUCCAUCAUUAAUACAAAAAGAAGAUUGUUAGUUAAUCUAUGAAAGGAAAAGAGGGAAAUGAUUCUUCUUGAUUGUUUUGUAUGUAUAACAUCAUUGUUUUGUUUGAGAUGAUCCCUUGAACUUCUAUGUUUACCAUUUCUGUUAGGAUAAGGAUUUUUAUUUUUCUGUAACACUUGCACAAGUGUUUGUUUAUAUCAGAAUAUUAAGUUUAAAUUUCAAACUACUC